AUAAAAAUAUUUGAUAUUUUGAAAUAUUAUAAAUAUUAUUUAAACUUUCCCAUUCUGCCAGUUCUUUAACCUACAUCACUUUUACAGUUAUAAGUUAUAUUUUUAUAUUUUAUAUUAAUAAUGGAAAGAAACGUAGUUCUUUCUAAUGUUGCUGGCUAUAUAUCGAUAGCUUCUUGGGUCGUAGUUUUAUUUCCGCAAAUAUGGAUAAAUUAUAAACGCAAGUCUGGAGAUUCGUUAUCACCUACUUUUCUUUACAUAUGGGCCGUCGGCGAUUGGUUAAAUUUAGUCGGAGCAGUAUAUCAAAAACUGCUUACAACUAUGAUAAUUCUUGCUAUUUAUUAUAUAAUAAUUGAUAUAAUAGUAAUUAUCCAAAUUUACUAUUACCGCAGACGAAGAAGACAAACUGAUGAUGAAAUUGUUGGAGAAACAAUUCCUCUUAUUAAUAAUACUUCUACCCCGGAGUCGAGACGUCAAGAAAGAAUUAAGCAAUUCUUGUUUAUUUUCGCUUCAUUAAUUGGGGUUUGCUUAACAGGAGUAAUUUCAUAUGUCAUCACCAGCAGAAUGAAAUCACAGGAAGUUUCUAACAGCGAAGAUCAAGGAAUGAACAUUGUAGCACAAAUCUUUGGAUGGGCUAGCGCAUUUCUUUAUCUUGGUGCUCGAAUUCCACAAAUUAUUCAAAACUAUCAAAAUAAAUCUACGGAGGGUUUGUCACUAGCAAUGUUCUGUUUUUGUGUGUUAGGAAAUAUAACCUAUAGUUUGUCGAUUAUUUUCUUCUCAAUAGAACCACACUAUUUGCUAAUGAAUUUAGCUUGGUUAGUAGGAAGUGGAGGCACUCUAAUUUUUGACUUUAUUAUAUUCAUUCAAUUUUUCAUAUAUAGUAAUAUAUAGUAAUUGGUAAAUUAAUAUAAGAAAUUAGAUUAAAUAAACUAAUUAUAUGGCGAGACUUAUCAAUAAUGUUAGGAAAGUAUAGACGUUUGAGUUCGAUAGUUAUAUUAAUUGUAAUUCUUCUUUUGACAAAACGUCAAUUAAAAAAAAAUUCAAAAGUAAAAUAGUAUCAAUAAAUAAGAAAUUAUGUU